GGGUCUUCCAAAUGGACAAUGACCCCAAGUAUACUUCCAAAGUUGUGGCAAAAUAACUUAAGGACAACAAAUCCAUCACAAAGCCCUGACCUGCAUCCGAUUUAAAAUUUGUGGGCAGAACUGAAAAAGUGUGUGCGAGCAAUGAGGCCUACAAACCUGACUCCGUUACACCAGCUCUGUCAGGAGGAAUGGGCUAAAAUUCACCCAACUUAUUGUGGGAAGCUUGUGGAAGGCUACCCGAAACGUUUGACCCAAGUUAAACAAUUUAAAGGCAAUGCUACCAAAUACUAAUUGAGUGUAUGUAAACUUCUGACCCACUGAGAAUGUGAUGAAAGAAAUACAAACUGAAAUAAAUCAGUCUCUACUAUUAUUCUGACAUUUCACAUUCUUAAAAUAAAGUGGUGAUCCUAACUGACCUAAGACAGGGAAUUUUUACUUGGAUUAAAUGUCAGGAAUUGUGAAAAACUGAGUUGAAAUGUAUUUGGUGUAUGUAAACUUCCGACUUCAACUGUAUGUGGUAGAUAAUGUAUAUUAUACAUAUAUGGUAGGUAAUGUAUGCUAUACAUAUACGGAUAGCGCCUGGUGUAGAAUCGCAGGGUCAUUUAACCAGUCUUACUGUAAAAUGUCCUUCCCAGGGGGCAAAUAGCCAGCUCUGACAGUGACUCCCAUUGCACUGCACUACUAUGCAGACUCUGAUCAAUAGUCAACAGUAGUAGUGCACUGUAUGAGGAAUGGGAUUUUAAUGGUCGAUGUACAAGUAGUACCCUUUCUGGGGAAUAUGGUGUCAUUUGUGCCACAGAUCCUGUACCCAUGGGCGAGGUCGAUAGCGGGUGACCACUGACGGGCACCGUCCGGAUCGCGUGCAGUACCAGGAAGGCUAACCCUGGCACUAACAAUGACAUGAUGACUCAUCUUUCCUCCCCACCAGCUAAUCCUGCUUCCCAGCUAUUUGCUCCCUGCACACCCAGCCCCUCCAACACUCUGUCUCCAACCCUAACCCAUUCUUCUGCAUUUUCCCAUUUCUCUUGAGUUAAUACACUAUCUGCUAUCACAAAGGACACACAAUAGUAUAUCUAAUCAUAUUGAAAUGUCUGUUGAAAGGACUCUAUUCUCUCUCUUAGGUAGCACUGAUUAAUGAGACACACAGAAUACUUCAACCAUAUGUCCCAGCCCCAGCCAUGACCUGGUUUGGCCUCUACCUCUUGCCUUGUACCGCACCCUGGUGGUCAAUUCUGUCAAGUACAUCCUCAUACGGUACAGAAACAAUGAACAGUACAGUUGUCACCCAUAAAGCAUAAUGGAAAAAACAAUACAUGUCUGUGUUUCACAUUGAUCCAAAAUAUCAAUGUCAAAUUCUAAGCAGCCAUAUGGGUAAUUUCAUUGACAAAUAAUUGAAUAAUUGACAAUAAUUGAACAUGGGUUCAUGCUGGUCUAGAACAAGCCUGUAUACAAAGCAGCCCUGCAGCAUCAGAAGUGGCCAUUCCUGAUUUAGCAUAACCCUUGCUCUCCCCCCAUCCCUCAUUCUCCCUCCCCAUACCUCUAUCUCUGGAUCUGGCAGCUGGCAUGUAGUCCACCCAGCAUCGUUCAACCCCUCUGGCUGACACUCAAUGCUUUUUGUUUUUUCAUUCUCAAUGCUGCAGCUGUGCUUGGCUGUCACCCUCCACACAGAGGGUGUCUCUGCCACCACCCCGGCCCCGCUCCAGGACAACUGCUCAUUGACAAAGGUCCUUGAUGUUUUCUGAGGCACCCCUCAUGUCGAACCAGGGCAGGGAUGGAGAAGAGUUUGAGGAGUUAGCCAGACCAGAACCUCCACCACAGAAGCCUGUCCACAGACCAGAAAUGUACACUCAGGAGAGAAGGCGGACCCUCCAGGAGAGGACAAUGCCUUCUCAACAGGAACCUCCAGUUAGGCAGCAAGUCCCCAAGAUGAUGCCCAGAGAACCCAGUCUCCCUGCCAGAAGCAUGUCUCUGCGAAAAGCUAUGUCUCUCCAGAACUUGAGCCAGAUAGAGACACCCUGGGAAGGGGUCACCCUCAACCGCUGUCUGUUCAUAGCCAUCACCAUCCUGCUGUUCAGCACUGUCUUUCAGAAACUACACGAAACCAUAAAAGGUGGACGGGGUGUGGAGGAAGAGGAGUAUGACAUUGCACUGACUGUGAGGCGCUCCGCGCUGAGACACAAAGUCCAACCACAGGAGGUAGUGGUACAGACAUACAAAAUACUCUCCCGUCUCUCUGGGCUCAGAAACUUCAUUCCCGACAUGCCUGAGAAGUCUCUGUAUGAGGUGCUCUUCUGGUGGUUACCUGACAUUGAUGACGAUAAUGAAGAAGAAGCUGAUGAAGGGGAAACCAAACAAGGUCGAGUGAAGAAAAGGGUUCGAGAGAGGUCGCUGAAGGGCCUGAGAGGCAAUGGAACACCAGAGAGAAAACUUGUAAAAGGCAGAGAGGGGAAGACAAAAGAUAAGAGGGCCAAGAGAGAGAGGGAUGAAGAAACUAUGGGAAAGAAAAAGGGAAAACAGGCCAAGCUGGGAGAUGUGGAAAAAAUGGAUGAGGAAAUAAAUGAAGGGGAAGAUGAGGUAAAACCCAAGAAGCUACAAAAGGUUAUGAAAUCAAAAGCCAGCAAAUCUUAAGGCAAACACCACGCUGUCUGAUUAAACAUUUAGUAAAAUAGUAUGAUAGAUCUAGUUCUCCAUUUGUAAUUGUAUAAUGAGGCCACAUCACUUACAACUAAUACAUGCUGUUGGCUCAUUGGCAGCCAUUACAAGUGCCAGUCAGAAGAGCAAACCAGUUCUUAGUCUGCCAUGUACUUCUUGCUUAAAAUAUUGAAUGAUUUGUGGUUUGGAUUGUAAAGAUGGGACUUAAUUGAUGAAUUGUAAGGGUGCUAUUGUAAAAUAAAUGCUCAACUGGGGCCUCUAUAGCAAUGCUGGAUGUUUCAGACAACCUGGGCAAUUGAUGUAAUUUUUUUGAUAACACUGUAAAUACUGUACUUAAAAAUUAAACUUUUGUAAAAUUAACAACUAAUUUCUGCUACCUUAACUCCAUCACAAAGCAUUGGACACAUCAAUAAAGCUUUCCCUGUGUACUCUGAGAAAC